AUGGCCGAGAAAAACCAAUGGGUAUACGAUGAGCUGUUGGAAUUUUUGGGAAAUCCGCUUUUUCAAAUCCCAGUUGUUACAUUUUUGGAGGCUCACUGUUUAGUGUUUGAUUCAUCUAUUGAAGAUAAUGAAGAGUACAGAAAGAUACACACAGAGUACAAGCAAUUGAUUGAGUCUCUUUUGGACAGCUUCCGAUCUGAUACAGGAUUAUCCCAUAAACAGAUUAUUGAUGCUUUUACUCAGAUGCAUAACAAAGAGGAUAUCCGUGUUUUUUUUCAAGGUUUACUUGAACAAGUAUUGGCUGGUGAAAACUAUGAUAUUUUUGUACAGCUGAUGGUUCAAAAGAACUUGGAAUUGCAGCAACAAGCCCUGCUUCUGAUAUUCCAAACAAUCGGCUGCAUUCCAACGGCUUUUCAGACCAAUGAACCAAGCAAUCCAAUUCCUGUUUCAAAUAAUGAAGUCCCAAUAAUGGAGGCUGUUUUCAAUGAAACAAAGAAAAAUGGAGAUCUUUUGGGUAAUUGUGAUGUUGACAUGAAGAAUUUCUUGGUCAUUUCUGAAGCAGAGGCUGCUAUGUUGGUGGAGCAGACGAACAAAGAACAAGAAAAAAUGGAAGCGGCAGUCAAGAAACUUUCACUUACUUCAACAGAGGGCAAUACGGAUGAUAAGAAACUGGAAACUCCAAAGGUUCCUGAAUUGAGGAUAAAACCUCCUGAAAGUUUUGAAGUACCAGUUGAAGCAAAGAAGCUUAACUUACCGAAUAAAACCGUUUCCUUUGCCAAUAUGCCGGAAGGUGAUGCAGCCUCUUUAAAUGAAUCGAAUAAAUCAACAAUCCCUAUUCUUCAGAACACAGUGUCAAAGCUGAAUCCCGAAGACCUGAAGAAGCGUCAAGAGUUUCUCCGUCAGCAGAGAGACAAACUGAUUGAAAUGAAGAAGAAUGAACGCAAGAAGCAAUUGAUGAAGGCCGAAAAGGAACAACCGCAGCGUCCAAAAUCUGCUCGCACAGCUCAUUCAGUUCUCUCUGUGAUCAGUGAUGGCCACAUGCCAGGUGGGGAGCAAUUGAAAGACACUCCCAACAAAAUUCCUGACAGUAAGGCAAUGUCUAUGCGUAGGGUCAUUGCUGACCGAAUUAAAUUAGAAGUGAUGUCCAAGAAAUGA